AUGUCGGAGGCGUUCGAUGUCUGUGUGGCUACUGGGCAUGGAAACACUGAUAUGGUCAGUAAUUCAGCAUCGGAGAGUAAGUAUUUAUUGCAAGGUAGGAUGAACCCAAUGACGAACAUAGAAUGCAAAUAUGCUGCUUACGUGUUAACUGGAAGUAAUGAAUUUGAUGAAAUUUUCCGUGGUGACGAUCUCCUAUGCGUCGGCUCAAUUCCUACUUACAAAGGGACCAACGUUUGCUCGGGAGAUAGUGGUGGACCAUACGUUUGCAGGAACUCCAGGCUCCAAUGGACUCAGAUUGGAAUUGCAAACUUCGUUAUCGGGAGAGCUCAGGCCAACUUGACAUGCGCUCUUUCGGUUUUUGCAAAGGUUUCAUACCGUUAUGAUGCCAUUAUGAAAGCAAUUAAGUAA